AUGGCUCUCACCUGCUGUCUGAGAGAGUCAAGCCCUAUCUCCAACACAUCAUACUGGAGACGUUUCCGUCCGGAUUUAGGGCAGGUCACAGCACUGCCUCCGCCCUCUAAGGUGUUAAACGACCUACUCCUCAUCACUGACUCUGGGAAAUGUGCUGCACUGGUUCUCUUGGACCUCAGUGCAGCGUGCGCCAACCAUGCCUCCUGCUGUGCCAACCUCACCUGUGGGGUUCCUCAGGGUUCAAUGCUGCGUCCCAUCCUGUUCUCCAUCUACAGCCAAGUCAUUCAUCGCCAUAAAAUUUCCUUUCACGUCUACUCUGACGAUACUAAAUCUAUCAUCCACUCAAGACAGACGAUCCCUCUGGGCUGGACAGUCAAUUUUGAGGGGUCUGGUCAUCUACAAUCAAAGGUCAAUUCCGGGGGGUCUGGUCAUCUACAAUCCAAGGUCAAUUUUGGGGCGUCUGGUCAUCUACAAUACAAGGUCAAUUUUGGGAGGUCUGGUCAUCUACAAUCCAAUGUGAAUUUUGGAAGGUCUGGUCAUCUACAAUCCAAGGUCAAUUCCGGGGGGUCUGGUCAUCUACAAUACAAGGUCAACUUUGGGGCGUCUGGUCAUCUACAAUACAAGGUCAAUUUUGGGAGGUCUGGUCAUCUACAAUCCAAUGUGAAUUUUGGAAGGUCUGGUCAUCUACAAUCCAAGGUCAAUUCCGGGGGGGUCUGGUCAUCUACAAUACAAGGUCAACUUUGGGGUGUCUGGUCAUCUACAAUACAAGGUACAUUUUUGGGGGUCUGGUCAUCUACAAUCCAAGGUCAAUUUUGGGAGGUCUGGUCAUCUACAAUCCAAUGUGAAUUUUGGAGGGUCUGGUCAUCUACAAUACAAGGUCAAUUUUGGGAGGUCUGGUCAUCUACAAUCCAAUGUGAAUUUUGGAAGGUCUGGUCAUCUACAAUCAAAGGUCAAUUCCGGGGGGUCUGGUCAUCUACAAUCCAAGGUCAACUUUGGGGCGUCUGGUCAUCUACAAUACAAGGUCAAUUUUGGGAGGUCUGGUCAUCUACAAUCCAAUGUGAAUUUUGGAGGGUCUGGUCCUCUACAAUCCAAGGUCAAUUUUGGGGGGUCUGGUCAUCUACAAUACAAGGUAAAUUUGGGGGGGGUCUGGUCAUCUACAAUACAAGGGUUUUUGUUAGCUACUAG